AUGAGCACCACUUGGUACUGGAUUGCGUGGCAAAAACUGGAGCAGAUCAGCACGAGAUGUCCCGUAAUUACCGUAAAGCAGACGCUGAAUCUGCAUCUUGAGCAGGACGACCUCAACAGCUACCAAGCAGUCGGUCUGCCCGUCUGCAUCUUCUACAAUUCUUUGCUCUUCUCUCCUCCAUCUCAUCCCGUCAUCGCCCUCAGUCUCGAACCAUCCACGCUGUUUCUGCUCCGUGAUCGUCGCACCGUACCUGCGCUGAAGGAUGGGCCAGCAAUGCAAUUCAUCGGGCGAGCUCCACGCGGACUGGCGGCACUUAGGACUGCUAGCAGCGCCCCAUGCAAACAGACGAGCCUCUACUGGAUGAUCGCGACACUCCCCAUCACGCCAGCCCUCGACGCACGCCCCAAGCAACUGGCUCAGGGACCUGUUUUUCCCACGGCGGCCCGCAAGUACCGGUACCGCGAUGGCCGAGAAGCUCUCUUACGAGUCCUAUCACCCCCUCCAUGCCGCCACGAACCAGCUCUUGAUGACCUGGUCAUGCUGGAAACCCUCAGUUGA